AGGUGGCCAGCGCUCCGGGCCUCGCAGCCACAGCCCCCGGCCCAGCGGGCCUGUCCGCGGCGCCGCCCGGCCGAGCCGCCCGGCCGCCCGGGGUCCCUCGCGGGCGGCAGAACGGAAAGCUCUCCUCUUCCUGAAUUCUGAAAUUCCCAUUGCUUCAGACAAUGGAUGAGCAAUCCCAAGGGAUGCAAGGGCCACCUGUUCCUCAGUUCCAGCCACAGAAGGCCUUACGACCGGAUAUGGGCUAUAAUACGCUAGCCAACUUUCGAAUAGAAAAGAAAAUUGGUCGCGGGCAAUUUAGUGAAGUUUAUAGAGCAGCCUGUCUCUUGGAUGGAGUACCAGUAGCUUUAAAAAAAGUGCAGAUAUUUGAUUUAAUGGACGCCAAAGCACGUGCCGAUUGUAUCAAAGAGAUCGAUCUUCUUAAGCAACUCAACCAUCCAAAUGUAAUUAAAUAUUAUGCAUCGUUCAUUGAAGAUAAUGAACUAAACAUAGUUUUGGAAUUAGCAGAUGCUGGUGAUCUAUCCAGAAUGAUUAAGCACUUUAAGAAACAGAAGAGGCUGAUUCCUGAGAGAACUGUUUGGAAGUACUUUGUCCAGCUCUGCAGCGCCUUGGAGCACAUGCAUUCUCGGCGAGUCAUGCACCGAGAUAUAAAGCCGGCUAAUGUGUUCAUCACGGCCACUGGGGUGGUCAAACUUGGAGAUCUCGGCCUUGGCCGGUUUUUUAGCUCCAAAACCACAGCUGCACAUUCGUUAGUGGGUACACCUUAUUACAUGUCUCCUGAGAGAAUACACGAAAAUGGGUACAACUUCAAAUCUGACAUCUGGUCCCUUGGCUGUCUACUGUAUGAGAUGGCCGCUUUGCAGAGUCCCUUCUACGGUGACAAGAUGAACUUAUACUCGCUGUGUAAGAAGAUAGAGCAGUGCGACUACCCGCCUCUGCCUUCCGAUCACUAUUCGGAGGAGCUACGGCAGUUGGUGAACAUGUGCAUCAACCCAGAUCCGGAGAAGCGACCGGACAUCACCUACGUGUACGACGUGGCCAAGAGGAUGCACACCUGCACCGCCAGCAGCUGAGCACCGUGGCGCGAGGAGCAGACCCAACACAUGUUCAAGUAUUGUGCAGAUCAUACCUCCCUGUUUUCGGGUGUUGAGAUGAAUAUUUCAGAGCUAACGUGCUUUGAAUCCUUAACCAGUUUUCGUCUACGUUUCAUUUUGUACCAGUUUAGGUCACCUUCUCGCAACCCCAGGCAACUCCGGAAUAAUCAGAUUGCGUGUUAGCAGAGCAAAUAGGACACCGUGGUUUUUAACAGCUAAAGAUUUUUAAAAUUAGUUAGAGUUUUGUGCUAAUAAGUUGUGUUCAGAUAGACUCUCAGUGCCAAACAUCAGGGGCUCAGCUUGGCCCCAUUAGGACAGACUGGCAGCCUGAGGAAAAGCUGAACACGUGACUUGUGUACUCUGUAGUCAUUUGUGGACAUUUGAGAUGAACACAGUUGUGAACUUGUGAUUAUUUUAUUUUUAAAAGUUUGAAGUAUGUGUUUUAGGUCUUAGCAUUGCAGCUUUCGUAUAGAAAUGUUUAAGGUAAAUGUAGACAAAUUAUUUGAGAAACGUUUAAAAUUCUUAGCUUAGACAUUCAAAAUGCAACUAUUAAAUGUGAAAUGAUUGGGGGUCAAAAUGUGAGUCAGACACUGAAGAGUUCUCUUGCUUUGUUUUGUUUUACUUAUCUUUGAUAGUCUCCUUGCAUUAAAAUGGUAUAAAUGAAUCCAGUUAAAAAGUGGUUAAGGAUUUGUUUGACUGGCGUGAUAGUAAUUUUGAAAGUUGCACACAUUACCCAAGGCUUCUUCUGGUGUUUUGACUAUUGUUUGUACAUUUGAAAAAUAUUAUUUGAAUAAUCUUGCAGUACUAUAUUUCAAUUCCUUUAUAAAUUUAAAUGCUCUACUCCUGAUUGUACACUAUAGUGUAAGCAUGUUUUUAUUCAUAGAUUUUAUUGAAGUUCUGAUUGAUUCCCUUCAGAAAUUUUUUUAUAUUCUUCAGGUUAUUUUCCUAUUUAUACUAUGUGCAUUUUAUCCAUGAAUGUUUCAGAUUUUCUGACAACAUAAUAGCCAUAAAAAAUAAUUGCUAUACCAACACUUUUCCUGGAUUGAAAACUCUUUUUUUUUUUUUUUUAAACUUUUUAACCUUUGGGCCACCCCGUCUGCAUGCCCUUUGUCUUGUUAGAGAGGAAGAAGGGGUGUGUGUCAUACCGUACCUGUGAGUGGUGGUACCGUUUCAAUUCAUUGGACAAGGUUGUCAUCUCAGAAGAUGUUUCAAGAAAUGAACCCUGGCCAUGACCACAGCCAGAACUUUUAUGAGAGUAACAUUGCUGUUGAGAAGCUCUUAGGCAAAGUGCUGUAUUUACGCAUGAAAAUAACACUCAUGCAGUAUAAGGAAAUGGGCCGAGUUUCACCAAUGCUGCUCUGGAGAUGUUCUCCCUCAACACCUUUCUUGUUCCCGGUGACCAGUUCCUCACAGAAUCGUGAAGCCACAAGGCUGCGUGGCAGUCGCUGGUUAAGGACAUCGUGCUACCCUGUCCCCUGGGACCGAAAAUCCUGCCCCUGGGAAACCUACCUUUAGCCCGUAUCACUGCUGGGUUUGUUUUUCCGUCUAAGUAUUUUUCUCAAAAUCAUUUGCAUGCUUACUUUCAUUUGUAAACUUUACACAUGUUCAGAGGGCAAAAGUAUAAACUCUUUCUUUUCCCCACAAGUUUGAUCAGCUAUGGUACCUUAAUCAGUUAGGAGGGGAAGGCAUUUUUAUCUUGGGAUAGGCAAAGGGGGCUGACGGUGCUUCAUGUGAGAGCCAGAUGCACCGUGUGCCCCGGGUCCUGGUUGUGUAUAACGUUAACUGGGCGCCCGCACGCUUGCAUCCAGAGUGACGAGUGGAAUUGUGUUGAUCGUUUUUGUCCUGUUCAUUUUUAUGUAAAAUAAUUGACAUGAAAUGUUCUCUAGUUGGAACAGAUAUGCUCCUUUUUCUUGCCGUCGGUAAAAAUACAUGGAUUUAAAAGUCAUUCAUUUAACCCUACCCAGGACUCUUAAGCAUAGAUGUUUAACUUUGAAGUGAAUCUCUCUGCUAGAAGGAAAUAGCUGGGAAGACUUUAGUGUUCGGGGAAACCCAUUAGUAUUGUCUGCAUGUGGAAACUUUUUGUUUUGAUAUUGUAUCUUUUUUAUCUAAAUGUUCCUAUUUUUGUUGAAGAAACCACUGUGCAAAAAUCAAAUUUUAAUUGUGAACGGGAUCAUUUCAAAGAAUUAUGAAGAUGAUUAGAACUUUUCAUUUUUAUCAUCACCUAUAAACUGUUCUAUUUAUAUUUCCGUUGGUAAGUACGUUUUGUACUGAUUAGGUAAAACAUUUGAAUUGAUAUGAGAAGCAGUAAAAUGGAAGGUACAUCUGAUUCUAAAUAGCUUUUGGUACCAGUUCCCUAGGGCACAAGGUGAGGUGACUUUGUUUUGUGGGCUGAAGCUGAGGAAGGGUGGAUGGAGGGUCAUCCCUGUAUAAAGAGAGUGGUGCUUGCCUGGGUGCAGUGGUUGUGAGUUCAGCGAGUCACGACAGCCACUUCACGAAUGCUUACUGUUCCACGUAGUCUCUAUUACAAAACACCAUUCUUGUAUCAAUAUCCUUUGGGUGUUGCUGUUACCAUUUACAUGAUAUUUAUUUUAACCAAAACGUUAUUCAUAUUAAAUGUUUUUUUCUUGAAAAUGAAUGUAUUAUGUUUAUAACCCACAAAUGCAUAAUUAUCCUAUGCCUCAUAUUUCAAUAGUACUGUAAUAUGGACUUCUUUUUGUGAAAUACUUUUAUUUUGUUAUGCUUCAACUACACAUACUAAGAAGACUGUUGUUAGCUUUGAAAAUUGUAUAAUAUCCUAAUAUAAAUAAAAACAUAAAAUUAAAAAAUAA